AUGUCUUCUCCAGACGUCCACGAACAAGAGAUAGAUGCGCGCUCCCGCUCUGCUCUAGCCUCUACAAAGCGCAAUCUCCGCUACCUCUAUGACCCCAAAACCGCCCCGAAUGCUGUAUCCUCACGCCGUACCCGAGCUGUCCUUCGCGUACUGCGUUCUGGUAUCAUUUUCGCAUUCUGGAAACUGGUUCGGUAUGCAAAAUAUGUUGCCAUUGGAUCUCUAGUAGCCACAAUAGGCGCUGGAGCUUUUGGGACUGUGGUCAGUGGUGCAGGGUUUAUGCUGGCGCCUACUGGGAUUGCUGGUACGAUUUUCGCUGCCACGAUAUGGGGUGUUGGGAAAUUUGCUGUCAAGAAGGUCAAGAAGAGAUGGGGUAAGGGCCAUGGAUAUGGGGAGGAGGAGGAGGAACUGGAGGAGAGAAGGAGUGCUCGACAAAAGACGGAUUAUGGACCUGAGGCAAUGCCCUGGUGA